UCUGCCACGGUACGACCACCGGCCCCGCCAGCGUCACGUCUCAAAAGCGGCAGCGCUCCACCAAGAACGCACCGAAGACCGAACGCGCAGGGGCCACGGCGAGGCCGAGAUGCGGUGGUGGCAGUGGCACAGCCUCGCGGCCGCCGGCGCCCUGCUCGCCACCCUCGCCGCCGCGCUGGCUCUCACCGUGGCGGGGCUGCGGCCGACGGCGACGGAGCGCGGGCGGCCGCCGCUGCGGUUCGGAUCGGGAGGGUCGUUCAAGGUGGCGCUGUUCGCGGACCUGCAUUACGGCGAGGACGCGUGGACGGACUGGGGCCCCGCGCAGGACGCCGGCUCCGACCGCGUCAUGGCCGCCGUCCUCCACGCCGAGAACCCCGACUUCGUGGUAUACCUCGGCGAUCUCGUGACGGCGAACAACCUCCCGAUCCCCAACGCGAGCCUGUACUGGGACAGGGCGGUUUCCGCGGCCAGGGGAAGGGGGAUCCCGUGGGCGGCCGUGUUCGGGAACCACGACGACAUGCCCUUCGAGUGGCCGCCCGAGUGGUUCUCCCCUGACGGCGUUCCACCGCUGCGCUGCCCACUGACGCCAAGCAUGGCGUCUUCAGGUGAGGAUCAAGGAUGCAGCUGUCGAGGGACUCCGCGGAUCGACCUGAUGACAACAGAAAUCGGCAACAACAGACUGUCCUACUCAUCAAACGGACCCAAGGACCUGUGGCCCGGCGUGUCCAACUACGUCUUGCAAGUGCUCUCACACACCCACGGCGAUCCGGCUCUGCUCAUGUAUUUCCUUGAUUCCGGCGGUGGGUCGUACACCGAGGUCAUAUCGAGUGCUCAGGUCAAGUGGUUUCAGAGCCAGUCUCAGUUCUUGAAUCCAAAUGGAAGGAUCCCUGAGCUCAUCUUUUGGCACAUACCGAGCACAGCGUAUGUUAAGGUAGCUCCAGAGGCUAAAACUGAAAUAAGAAAGCCCUGCGUCGGCUCUAUCAACAAGGAGGAUGUAGCGCCACAAGCAGCUGAAUGGGGCAUGAUGGAUGCUCUUGCCAAGAGGCCAUCAGUUAAGGCAAUCUUUGUUGGGCACAACCACGGGCUGGACUGGUGCUGCCCGUAUGAGAAAAUGUGGCUUUGUUUUGCACGGCACACCGGUUAUGGGGGCUACGGUAACUGGCCCAAAGGAGCGAGGAUCAUUCAGAUAACAGAAAACCCAUUCUCCACGGUGUCCUGGAUACGGAUGGAAAACGGGACAAAGCAUAGUGAUGUUACACUAAGCUCCUGAAUUUGCCUGAAUUUCAUGUGCAGAAGAGGUUUUCUUUUUUUUUAAAAAAAAAGAGCACUAGAGGACUGAGGGGCUGUUUCUGUAAAUUGCAAACUAGGAACCCUGAUUUUUUUAAUAAAGUGAUUUGUUGAUAUUUCUAUUUACCUGUAAAA